CGUUGGUGCCGUGAUGACGUCUGAAGCGGAAGCAGCUGUCAGACCUGUGCUCUCAGAUUGAAGAUGACGAUGAAGAGUGAGUUUACGAGCUGAAAUCUUUACACACAGAGGGUAAAAAGAGAGGAUUUUAAACCGGAGCGGACAUGACGACGGUGUUUGUUACCGUCGGAACUACGCGCUUUGAUGAGCUGAUUGAGAGCGUCACUUCCUCUGAGGUCACGCAGAUACUGAAGGCUCGGGGAUACGGACGUCUGGUUCUUCAGGUCGGAAGAGGGACUUUGGUUCCAGAUGCUGACAGCUGUGCAGACCUCAGCGUGGAGGCUUUUCGCUUCAAAGACUCCAUAGCAGAGGACAUGAGACGGGCUGAUCUUGUCAUCAGCCAUGCAGGUGCAGGAAGUUGUCUGGAGGCUCUCAGUGCCGGUAAACCUCUGCUGGUUGUAGUCAACGACAAACUGAUGGACAACCACCAGCUGGAGAUGGCCCGACAGCUGCACAUGGACCACCACCUGUUGUACUGUACAUGCAGCACUCUGACAGAAACUCUGAAGAACAUGGACCUCUCUGUACUGCAGCCAUUUCCUCCUGGACAGCCAAAGAAUUUUGCAAACUUUCUAGACAAAGCGCUUGGGGUGAAAUGACAUUUUAACUCCACAAAGCUGCUAAUUAUGUUACACAUAAAAGUGCUGAUUCUUUGUUGCGAAUGAACAUGACUUUGUACGCAAUUAAAACAUUGAGUGUUUAUAUUUUAAUCAAAUAUAUAUCGGACAUCA